AUGUCGAAGAGAGGAGACCCUAUGCUGAAAUUCGGACUUGCCCAGGUGCGAUCUCGAGCUUGGUCAUUCGCCCAGAGCAGCGCUGGAGUGGACCCGUGGCCUGGUGGACCCGCCAAUGGAUCCCGCCAAGUGUGCACCAACCUUGGUAAUGCCCCACCAAAGGCUCGCACCAAGCGCCAAGGGGAAUGA